GCUGCCGCCGCGACUUGAGGGCGCGCGCCCGGCUCCGCGCAGCUCCGCGCAGCUCCCCGGCACCGCGCCGGGAUCACCGCGCCCGCACCGCCGCCGGCCCGGAGCUCGGCCCCUCUCCUGCCCCUACGCCCAAAAGCAACAUUAAAAAUCUCCGCGCCCCGCAGGAAGUUAAAGGUUUGAGGAAAGCUUUAAAGGGGAGUUCUCUGGGAAGGAAGGAAGACUGUUGAGUCUUUUCACGAAGAAAACCACCCGACUUGCAUGACGUGCUGAGGGCAGAGCGACCUGCUGUCAGUGCAGCGCAGGAGGAGAUCUUUCCUGCAUUACAAAUUCGGAACAAGUGUUAGAAAGUGAGAGUUGAAAAAUGGUCCUCUCCAAAAGGCAUGGAUGUACCAGGAUGUAGCCACUGUACAAAAUUUACCCUUGGAUAAUUCUGGACAGAGAUAAAAGCCCGCUGCUGACCUCCUGAAGAGGCGACCACCAUUCCAGCCUGAGCAUAAUGAAUAGUUUCCAUCACGCGGCGCUCAAGUCACCACCGCCGACAACUACACCAUACACAAGAGUUGGUACGAGUUACAAAGAAAGUAAUUCCUGUUAAAGGCGUUAAACCAAACAAAAGAGGCUGUCCUUUCACAGACUUUACAUGAGGACAAAAAUAGAAGGAAGUUGAAGCUUUUCUCCUCCCUGGCCUGGUGUGCUUAUGUACCAUGAUAAAUCUUUGUUGGAUUGCUCCCGGAGCAUAGUGCCAGGAGGCUCGCACUGCCAGAAGGAUCGCUCAAGUAAACGCGGCCGAGGGAGAAGCAGCUCCAUGGAGUAAAGUGUAAGAGCAGCUCGCGAGACAGAAAUUGUGUUUGCUGGACAUCCUCAAGCACAAAAUUUACUCUUACCUUUAAAUACGAUGUCUUCUGUAAUGUUGAAGUUGAAUUUUCAUUGGAGUUUCUUCGCUGAUGAUCUGGAUAAUUUUGUUUGUUUGGUUUUUUUAGAUUGUUGAAGAUCAGAACUGUAUACAAAUCUCAUCAUUCCUGACCAUGAUUAGUGUAACCUGGAGCAUCUUCCUAAUUUGGACUAAAAUAGGGCUGUUACUUGACAUGGCACCUUAUUCUGUUAGUGCCAAACCAUGCCCUUCAGUAUGUCGCUGUGAUGUGGGUUUCAUAUAUUGUAAUGAUCGCGAUUUGACAUCUAUUCCUACAGGAAUCCCAGAGGAUGCUACUACCCUCUUCCUUCAGAACAAUCAAAUUAAUAAUGCUGGGAUUCCUUCAGAACUGAAGAACUUGCUUAGGGUGGAAAGAAUAUAUUUAUACCACAACAGCCUAGAUGAAUUCCCCACUAACCUCCCUAAGUAUGUUAAAGAACUGCAUUUGCAGGAGAAUAACAUAAGGACCAUUACUUAUGAUUCACUUUCACAAAUUCCCUAUCUGGAAGAACUGCAUUUGGAUGAUAAUUCGGUUUCCGCUGUUAGCAUUGAGGAUGGAGCUUUCCGGGACAACAUCUAUCUCAGACUUCUUUUUCUCUCUCGAAAUCACCUUAGCACCAUUCCCUGGGGUUUGCCUAAAACGAUAGAAGAGCUACGCUUGGAUGAUAAUCGUAUUUCCACGAUUUCAGAGCUGUCCCUCCAAGACCUUACAAAUCUAAAACGCCUUGUUUUAGACGGAAAUCUUCUAAAUAACCACGGAUUAGGAGACAAGGUCUUCAUGAAUCUAGUCAAUCUUACAGAACUGUCAUUGGUCCGCAAUUCACUCACAGCUGCACCAGUAAAUUUGCCAGGAACAAACCUAAGGAAACUUUAUCUUCAAGAAAACCAUAUAAAUCGUGUGCCACCCAAUGCUUUCUCUUACUUACGGCAGCUGUACCGGCUAGAUAUGUCCAACAACAAUCUCAGCAAUUUACCUCAGGGUGUCUUUGAUGACCUGGACAACAUAACUCAACUCUUCCUUCGUAACAACCCUUGGCACUGUGGGUGCAAAAUGAAAUGGGUCCGUGACUGGCUGCAGUCCUUACCCUUGAAAGUGAACGUGCGUGGGUUGAUGUGUCAGGCGCCGGAAAAAGUCCGUGGAAUGGCUAUCAAAGACCUCAACGCAGAACUGUUUGACUGUAAGGAUGAUAUAAGCACCAUCCAAAUCACCACCGCGGUGCCAAACACGUUGUACCCGGCCCAGGGACACUGGCCGGUUUCUGUGACCAGACAACCCGAGAUGAAGGCUCCCAACCUGAACAAGAACUACAGAACCACAGCCAGCCCAGUGCGCAAAGUCAUUACGAUAUUCGUGAAAUCCGUGAGCACGGAGACCAUUCACAUCUCCUGGAAAGUCGCACUGCCGAUGACUGCUCUAAGACUGAGCUGGCUCAAGAUGGGCCACAGCCCUGCCUUUGGAUCUAUAACGGAAACCAUCGUCACUGGAGACAGAAGCGACUACUUGCUGACGGCGCUCGAGCCCGAGUCGCCAUACCGCGUCUGCAUGGUUCCCAUGGAAACCAGCAACAUCUAUCUCUCCGACGAAACGCCCGAGUGCAUUGAGACCGAGACGGCACCCCUCAAGAUGUACAACCCGACCACGACCCUCAACCGGGAGCAGGAGAAGGAGCCUUACAAAAACUCCAGCUUGCCCCUGGCCGCCAUCAUUGGCGGGGCAGUGGCACUGGUGGCCAUAGCGCUGCUGGCGCUGGUGUGCUGGUACGUCCACAGGAACGGGUCCCUCUUCUCCCGGAACUGCACCUACAGCAAGGGACGCAGGAGAAAAGAUGACUAUGCCGAAGCGGGAACCAAGAAGGACAACUCCAUCCUGGAAAUCAGGGAGACUUCUUUCCAGAUGAUACCCAUCACCAACGACCAAGUGUCCAAGGAGGAGUUUGUAAUACACACCAUCUUCCCGCCUAACGGCAUGAAUCUCUACAAGAACAGCCACAGUGAAAGCAGUAGUAACAGGAGCUACAGAGACAGUGGUAUUCCAGAUUCAGAUCAUUCGCACUCAUGAUACUGAAGGACGUGAAAGACUGGUUUGGUUUUGGUUUGUUUUUUUUGUUUGUUUUUUGUUUUAUAAACGAGAAAAGACUGACUUUAACGGUUGCUGUUCUACUGCAAAACACUGGAUUAAAGACUGACAAAGCAAUGUACUGUACAUUUGCCAUAUAAUUUAUAUUUAAGAACUUUUUAUUAAAAGUUUCAAAUUUCAGGCUACUGCUGCGAUUAAUGUAGUGGGGAUACCUGACCACAAUUCUCUAUUUUAGUAUUUUUUAGUAAUUUGUACUGUAUUUUCCUUGCUAAUAUUGAAGUUACAGACCAUUUAACUUUUGUGUUCUACUGAGUAAGAUGACUUGUUGACUGUGAAAGUGAAUUUUCUUGCCGUGUUGAGCAGUCAGAACAUUCAUCUGAGAUCCUUGUAAGUGUAAGCACAGGCCAUUUUUCACUUUGGUAUUAAUAAAAUAAUGUUAAACCUGGCAAAUCAAGGAGAUCAAGCAGUGGUUGCAAAAGCUCACAGAACUUUAAAUGUUGGGUCUAUUAAAUCUGUAAACCACAACAAUAUUCAAUAAACAAAAAUGCGUGUAGUAAUGGGCAAUAUCAGCUGUCUGGAUAUAUCCAUUCAACAAUGGUGAAAUCCAAUUGAAAAGAAAAUAAUCAAAUCAAUUAAAUGCAUGAGACUGAAACUGUUGACACACGUAAGGAAAGAAUUGACCCCUGGAAGAAAGCAUAACAAAAUUUCUAACAAGGAAUUCUAAAAAAAAUAAAAAUGCGCUAGGCUCCAGAAACCACGGGGCAGAUAUGGUUUUAGGGAUAGAUUUCUGGUUAUCAGCACCAGCGGUCUGCUUGUUAAAGAGAAAACAGUGAUGGAUGGUCACAGGCGUUUGGGAGGCAGGGGCAGGGCACAAGGAGAACGCUUGGCAACUGCUCCGGAACAGCAAUAGGCUGAGAGGAGAGUUUCGUAAGAAAAACAAGCAGGACAAAAAACAGGCAAUGCAGCAAGGUAUAAAAAAUUUUAGUCACAAAGGUAAACAAAAUUGGGGA